UCCGGUAUUUGUCAUGAAUGCUCUUCCGUUUUGAUUUUCAAGGGUAUCUACAAACUCUAGUCGAGCCAACAUGCUUCGGUUUGCUAAAGCAGCUCUGAACGUCUCCGGACAAGGUGCCCGUCAUGUGAGGCUCAGUUCGACACAUGCCCCCGAAUUCCAUGCCAAGUAUGGCACUGGCAUGAUGAUCGGAGGAUUCGUGUUCUGUGUGUCUGUCUGGGGAUUUGUACUAACACAAACCGGCAUCACAUGGAAUCUGUCUCCAGUUGGGAAGGUCCAGCCCAAACCAUGGAGGGAGGCGGAAGAAUAAUGGACUGAGACUGCUCUUUUCUCCUUGUGAGAAAUCGACCACAGCAGACCACAAAACACUUAUCCCAGAUAUUCCUAUAAACAUUCUGGUUGUACAGAUGGAUACCCAUGUUUUUAGCUUGUUGCCGCCCUGGCGUUACCCAUGUAAUCAAUAAAUUAAAUAUAAACAAAA